AUUUGGCGCGCCAAGCAAAAAAAUAAGAAGAAAAUUCUUUGCGGGCGUGUGACUAUAAACAAAAAGUUGAACUAUAUUUAUAAUAACUUGCAAUUGCAAUGGAUCUCAACGAUGCCGUGCUAACAUGUGCGGUGAAUAUACAUUGGACAAAUGCCGUGGGCGAGGUGGGACGCAAGUUGGCAUACAGAACGGCAACAUUGCGUCUGGUGCGGAACGAUCUGCGUGAAAUGUUUGUGGAGGUGACGCCCGAAAAACUAAAGCCACUGAAGUUCAAGCUGAAGGACAUGAUGGUGCACAAGAAGUUCAUGUCGGAGGGUAAGGCAACGUUUAACUUCAAGGCAGAGCAGUGUGCAUUGUAUCUGUCCAAUGCGCCACCCGGCACCUUGAUGUUAUUUCUGCGCACCAUCUUUGUGAAAAUGAAUGGCAGUGAGGGUGAGCAGCAGGAGACGCCUUCGGCGCUGCAGAAGAAAAUACGCGAGCAUAUGCUCUCUGGUAAGCCCAGCAGCUUUGAGGAGAUCUCACCUGUGACCACCGCCGAGAUGAUUUUGGCGCGCAAAAAGGCGGGACUGCUGUCACGUGGCAGCACCACUACGCCCUCGCCGGCGGCGGCCAAAAAGCGACGCUAUGACGAGCUCAAGUCAACGGAGGAUAAGAGCGCAGUGCCAGCAGCUAAGAAACUCUACCAAGCUGACACUGAGGACUCACUGCGUCUGAGCGAGGAGCAAAUGGAGGUGCUGCGCGCUUGCACCGCAGGCAAGAAUGUUUUCUUUACCGGAUCUGCCGGCACAGGCAAAAGUUUUUUGCUGCGCAAGAUUAUCUCUGCGCUGCCACCGGAUGGCACCGUGGCGACGGCUUCAACAGGCGUGGCAGCGUGUCUUAUAGGCGGCACUACUUUACAUGCCUUUGCAGGCAUUGGCGGUGGAGAUGCUACAAUGGCACGCUGCCUGGAGCUAUCUUCGCGUCCAAUGAGUGCGCGCACCUGGCGCAAUUGCAAGCGUCUGAUUAUUGACGAAAUCUCCAUGGUGGAUGGACAGUUUUUUGAGAAAAUCGAAGCUGUGGCACGUCAUAUUAGACGCAAUGAACGUCCCUUUGGUGGCAUUCAACUCAUACUCUGCGGCGACUUUCUGCAGCUGCCACCUGUGAUCAAAAGUGAAGUCGAUGCCAAGCAGCGUUUCUGCUUUCAGUCGAAUGUCUGGGAGAGCUGCAUACAGUGUGUGUUUGAGCUGAAGCAAGUGCAUCGCCAAUCGGAUCCAGAGUUUGUUAAAAUACUCAAUCAUUUGCGCAUAGGACAUGUGAAUGAUGGCAUUGCCGCACGCCUGGUGUCCACGUCAAAGCAAAAGAUUGAAGGCAAUGGCAUUUUGGCAACGCAGCUGUGUUCGCAUACUAAAGAUGCCGCUUCUAUAAAUGAAUCCAAGCUGGAGAAUUUGAGUGGCGACAAGGUGCUGUUUCGUGCUGAGGAUUCGGAUGCUGGCAUGAGCAAGCAGUUGGAUCAGCAAGUGCAAGCGCCAUCGCAGCUUUAUCUGAAGCUCAAUGCGCAGGUUAUGCUGCUCAAGAAUAUCAACAUAGCCAAUGGACUGGUGAAUGGCGCACGUGGUGUCGUGGUGCGCCUGGAGCAGGGUUUGCCCAUUGUGCGCUUUAAAAACAAUCAGGAGUACGCUUGCAAGCAUGAGAAGUGGAUCAUCAAAACUGCUACGGGUGGCAUUCUAACGCGCCGUCAAGUGCCUUUGAAGCUCGCCUGGGCUUUCUCCAUACACAAAAGUCAAGGAUUAACUUUGGACUGCGUGGAAAUGUCGCUGUCUAAAGUAUUUGAAGCUGGCCAGGCUUAUGUUGCUUUAUCACGCGCCAAGUCGCUGAACUCUGUGCGCAUUUUGGACUUUGAUGCCAAGCAGGUCUGGGCCAAUCCGCAGGUGCUGCAAUUCUACAAAGGCUUCAGGCGUCGUCUGAUAGACACCACGAUGAUACCUUUGGGUCCCAAGAAUAGGGACAAAAAGCCUGGCGAGGGCAAAAGCAACAGCGCCUUGGCCAAGCUGAAGAAGAGUCUGAUGAACAAACCGCUUGUCUCGAUAAGUUAAUUAAUUAUAGACUUAAGUUAAUUAUAGCUUAAAUUGACUGACAGCACAAGGCUUUGCAGUUUAAAGUGUUAAUCCUUUGUAUUCGUUCAACUCUGCUUUAAUUGUGAGCUAGCGAAAACUAAAAACAAAACAUGUGCAAUUAAAUAAUCCUUGAAUUAAUGUACAAUUUGAUUUAGAAACAGAUUAAUCUUAAUGAAUUUGAAAACGCGUCAAGUUAUGAUUGAAAGUGUAUAUAGGAUAAAUUACUUUAAACUUUCACUAAAAAUGUUCAUUCCAUAACAAUUUUCCUUCAAAAAUUAUCAAUUUUGAGUUGAAGAUUAGAUACUUAAAUUCACCUUUAAUUUAUGUAAGAAAAUUGUUUGAUCCUUGCUUCUAAAAACCUUUUCUCUCCUAGCUUCAAGCUAAGUUCAUUAGAUUCAAUCUGUUAGUUUCACUUUAUACUCCAAAGCCUUGUAGUCUUAACU